GCGCGGGACGCGGGGCGCGGGCCUCGGCGGCGGCGGCGGCGGCGGAAGCCAGGUGCCCCCGCCCGCCCUGUCCUCUCGACGAGGCGGAGGCGUCGCCGCGGGCCAGGCCUCGGACUGCCGCGUGGGAGUGGACGCGGGGGGCGGCGGCGCGGGCGGACGCCGGCGGCGCGGAGCAGCGGGGCCCGCGGGGGCGCCCCGGCCCGGUCGGCGCGCACGGUGCUUGGCGGACGCGGGCGGACGCUGGGCGGCCCCUUCCUGCCCGCGCGCCCGGGCGCCCCUGGCCGGCGCCGGGCCCCGGAGCGAUGACAUCGACGGGGAAGGACGGCGGCGCGCAGCACGCGCAGUAUGUUGGGCCCUACCGGCUGGAGAAGACGCUGGGCAAGGGGCAGACAGGCCUGGUGAAGCUGGGGGUUCACUGUGUCACCUGCCAGAAGGUGGCCAUCAAGAUAGUCAACCGUGAGAAGCUCAGUGAGUCUGUGCUGAUGAAGGUGGAGCGGGAGAUCGCGAUCCUGAAGCUCAUCGAGCACCCCCAUGUCCUAAAGCUGCACGACGUUUAUGAAAACAAAAAAUAUUUGUACCUGGUGCUAGAACACGUGUCAGGUGGUGAGCUCUUCGACUACCUGGUGAAGAAGGGGAGGCUGACGCCUAAGGAGGCUCGGAAGUUCUUCCGGCAGAUCAUCUCCGCACUGGACUUCUGCCACAGCCACUCCAUAUGCCACAGGGAUCUGAAACCUGAAAACCUCCUGCUGGACGAGAAGAACAACAUCCGGAUCGCAGACUUCGGCAUGGCGUCCCUGCAGGUUGGCGACAGCCUAUUGGAGACCAGCUGUGGGUCCCCCCACUACGCGUGCCCCGAGGUGAUCCGGGGGGAGAAGUACGACGGCCGGAAGGCGGACGUGUGGAGCUGCGGCGUCAUCCUUUUCGCCCUGCUGGUGGGGGCUCUGCCCUUCGACGAUGACAACUUGCGGCAGCUGCUGGAGAAGGUGAAGCGGGGCGUGUUCCACAUGCCGCACUUUAUCCCGCCCGACUGCCAGAGUCUGCUGCGGGGCAUGAUCGAGGUGGACGCCGCGCGCCGCCUCACGCUAGAGCACAUUCAGAAACACAUAUGGUAUAUAGGGGGCAAGAAUGAGCCGGAACCAGAGCAGCCCAUUCCUCGCAAGGUGCAGAUCCGUUCGCUGCCCAGCCUGGAGGACAUCGACCCUGACGUGCUGGACAGCAUGCACUCACUGGGCUGCUUCCGAGACCGCAACAAGCUGCUGCAGGACCUGCUGUCCGAGGAGGAGAACCAGGAGAAGAUGAUUUACUUCCUCCUCCUGGACCGGAAAGAAAGGUACCCGAGCCAGGAGGACGAGGACCUGCCCCCCCGGAAUGAGAUAGACCCUCCCCGGAAGCGUGUGGACUCCCCGAUGCUGAACCGGCACGGCAAGCGGCGGCCGGAGCGCAAGUCCAUGGAGGUGCUCAGCGUGACGGACGGCGGCUCCCCGGUGCCUGCGCGGCGGGCCAUUGAGAUGGCCCAGCACGGCCAGAGUAAAGCAAUGUUCAGUAAAAGCCUGGAUAUCGCUGAGGCCCAUCCCCAAUUCAGCAAAGAAGACAGGUCUCGGUCCAUCAGCGGUGCCUCUUCAGGCCUUUCCACCAGCCCACUCAGCAGCCCCCGGGUGACCCCUCACCCCUCACCAAGGGGCAGUCCCCUCCCCACCCCCAAGGGGACGCCUGUCCACACGCCAAAGGAGAGCCCGGCCGGCACGCCCAACCCCACACCCCCGUCCAGCCCCAGCGUCGGAGGGGUGCCCUGGAGGGCACGGCUCAACUCCAUCAAGAACAGCUUUCUGGGCUCACCCCGUUUCCACCGCCGGAAACUGCAAGUUCCGACGCCAGAGGAGAUGUCCAACCUGACCCCAGAGUCGUCCCCAGAGCUGGCCAAGAAGUCCUGGUUUGGGAACUUCAUCAGCCUAGAGAAGGAGGAGCAGAUCUUCGUGGUUAUCAAAGACAAACCUCUGAGCUCCAUCAAGGCUGACAUCGUGCACGCCUUCCUGUCGAUUCCCAGCCUCAGCCACAGCGUCAUCUCCCAAACGAGCUUCCGGGCCGAGUACAAGGCCACGGGGGGGCCAGCCGUGUUCCAGAAGCCAGUCAAGUUCCAGGUGGAUAUCACCUACACAGAGGGUGGGGAGGCGCAGAAGGAGAACGGCAUCUACUCCGUCACCUUCACUCUGCUCUCAGGCCCCAGCCGCCGCUUCAAGAGGGUGGUGGAGACCAUCCAGGCCCAGUUGCUGAGCACACACGACCCGCCUGCGGCCCAGCACUUGUCAGACACCACUAACUGUAUGGAAAUGAUGACGGGGCGGCUUUCCAAAUGUGGCAGCCCAUUGAGUAACUUCUUUGACGUAAUUAAACAACUUUUUUCAGACGAGAAGAACGGGCAGGCGGCCCAGGCCCCCAGCACGCCCGCCAAGCGGAGUGCCCACGGCCCACUCGGUGACUCCGCGGCCGCUGGCCCUGGCCCCGGAGGGGACGCCGAGUACCCAACGGGCAAGGACACGGCCAAGAUGGGCCCGCCCGCCGCCCGCCGCGAGCAGCCUUAGACACACUAGCCCCCCCCAGCACAGCACUGACAGCGGCUGCCUUGCUGCCCGCCGCCCGCCCUGCCCCGAGUGGACCCGCGGCCGCGCCGCCCGUCCGUGCAGACUGUUCUCAGAGCCUGGGAGGAAAGGAAAGGGGCGCCGGGGCCGGCCUGCAGGCUGCGCCACCCGCGCCCGCUCUCUUUUCUCUCUCCUGUCUCUGUCUCUGCCUGUCUCUGACAGCAUCGCUUGUUUCCACUCUGAUACCAGGAAUUAUCCCGAAAAGUUAACAUGUCACCUCCACGAGGCCAUCCUCUGUGACCGAAGGCAGCUGCUGCGGACCCGCCCUCCCUCCGCUCCUGCUGUUGCUGCCGGGCAGUGAGGCCCAGCCCAGCGCCCCAUCCACCCCGCGGCAGCUCCUCGCCUCAGCUCCGCACGGCCCAUGGGAGGAGGGCCAGGCUUGGGGGAGCCUCCUCCAGCCCGGCCGACCCGGACUCCCGGUCACCUGACCCCUCGGCAAGAACAGCCUGCCUGGCCGCCUGGGGCCGGGACCCCCGGUGGGCAAAGUAGCCACAGGAACAGACCCUGUCCACCCCGUCCACCGCCUCCACGCCGCACCUGGAGGCCUCCUCGCAGGCCCAUGCCCCGCCUCCCUGGCCGCGCUGCCUCCCUGGCCGCGCCGCCUCCGUGUAGUCUUGGCCUCCUCAGGCUGCCUCCCGUCCUCUCGUCUCACCCGCGCCUCCCUUGCCUCAUCUGGGGCGGCUGUGGGCUCUGGCGCUCCUCUCUGGCUGAGGUGGAAACAGAGAGACCCUGGGGCACCAGAGCCUUCCCAGCAGGCCAGGCCACUGGGCUGGGAUCAGUGUUAUUUAUUUGCUGUUUUAAUUUAUGGAUUCUCUGCACCUCUGUUCAGGGAAGGGUGGCGGCCACAUCCCCUGCGGUCUGUGCAUCUCAGGCAGGGGGUCUGGGGCCAGGGCGCCCUCUGAGGACAGCUGGUGGGGCGCGGGGGGGCUGGCAAGCUACUGUAAACUUUAAAGAAUUCCUGCAAGAUAUUUUUAUAAACUUUUUUUUCUUGGUGGUUUUUGGAAAAGGGUGUGGGGUUGGGGGCGCCGCUGGGGCAGGGCCAGGUUUUGUGUUUUAGUCCCUUGCUCCCGAUUCUUUCUACACACACAUCUAAAGACGGUGCGGUUCGCUCUGUCAUGGGUUCGGUCUCUCUCUGUGGAGAAGCAGCUCCGCCUCUGUGGGGGCUCAGGGCAGAGGAGCAGUGUCCCGUAGCGGGCAGCAGCGCCAGCGCCCCUCUGUCAAGACCCAGGCUGGGGCAAUCUUGGUUUUGUGUCCAAAGGUGAAGGGGUAAGAGGAAGGCCCUCAGCUGGCCCUCCCCACACACAGAAUGGCAGGGGCACUGUGGGGCUUUUCUUAUUAAAAUGAAAAAAAGUUGAAAAAAAGAGUCGGUGGCGCUCCUCCGCAGGGCAUUCUGUGCAGAGCGAGGCUCAGGGCGCAGCCCUGAGAGGGCUGCAGGCCCACCCUGCCCAGUGCCCGCCGCCAUGCUUCACCCCAGCUCCAGCUUCUUGUUCCCUUCCGCCCAUGUGCCCGGCCCUCCCAGGUGGGCACAGCCCGGGUGCAGCGGCCAUGGGGGGGCGGCGGAUCUGAUGCAUGCCUCUGCCGUGGAGUCUGUCUGCUUUGGUGCCUGUCCCUGCCUCCCACCCACCUCGUGUAUAGAUUUUAACGCUUCUGUUAACAUUAGACCUCUGCCACAGGCUGGGAUUUCUAUACAUAAGAACAAAAGCAAACACCUAGGACAGCAAACGCCAGGCGGUACAGGCGGGAAGGGGCUCUCCACGGAGAUCGAGGACAUGAAGCAAACUGCCUCUUGCUCGCCUUCCCCUUUUGUGCUUCUUCGGACACACGCGGACUCCAGCAGGCGCCAUGGAAAUGGGCAAGCCCCUGCAGUGUACCCCUGUCAUAACUGUGAGCAACUGCAGCUCCAGAACAAUAAAUCCCUUCCACAAA